AUGAUUUCUACGAUAGAAAUACAAGUAGAUGAGUUGAUUGAGCAGAUGGGGACAACAAUUACUGAGUUGCCGAAACCUCUUAAUAUGGCAGAAGACUAUUCCAAAGCGGUUAUAGCAGAAGAGACGCUACCUGGGCAGACUGAUCUAAAUAUGAACACUGACUACUGCAGCCAUGAGCAAGAGCCUAGUAACACACAAGCUGAUGGGGAAAAAGCAAACGAAUGUGUGGAAGAAGAUAUAGAGCUAUGUAACAAGUUCAGUGCCUUUAUGAAUAUGGAUGAAGAGACUCUCUUUGAUACAACAGAGCAACAUCAUUGUCGGGGUUCUUUUUCAAAUGGAUACCAAAUUCAGAAACAUCUCUUAAAGAGGAAGGGGAGGAGGGGGAGAGAUGUUGAUAGUCAAGGAAUUUUGGAUUUUAAUGAUUGUUGUGCCAUGAUUGGGGUGGAUGAUGCUGGUUAUAGGGACAGCAGACUGAAACAAUCUGAUGGAAUGUUGAUGGAUGAUAUAACCAUGAUUGGCGAUGCUACAGAGAUGUAUUUCAAUGAGCUCUUUUCCUCCUUCUCUACUAUUUUGCAUGAUUAUUUAUUCAUAGGAAUUGAGAAAAAGAUAUCAGCAGAGGAUAACGCGAGUUUGCUAGGACUUCCAACGGAAGAGGAGAUUUGGGAAGCAGUAAGAGCUUUGGACCCUGUAAGUGUCCCUCGUGGUGAUGGAUUCACAGGUCAUUUCCUUCAAGGCGGUUGGGAUAUUUAUCAAAAUAAAUGUAACUGCGAUAGCAAGGGAUUUCUUUAG